AUGCUCCCCAGAGGGGCCGAGGCCCUGGACUGGCAUUUGGACAUGCAGCUGGCCGGCAAGGUGGUGCUGUCCGCGGCCGCGCUGCUCCUGGUGACCGCCGCCUACAGGCUGUACAAGUCGAGACGGGCCCCGGCCCCCCAGGGGAGGGCGGGGGCCAGGACCAAAGCCCGGGAGGAAGCAGAGGGCUCGGGGCAGCCUGCCGCGCAGGGGGCUUCUCCAGGGUCCCUGCGAAAGCGCCGGAGGGCCAGCAAGGAGGCUGGCAGGCCACUGGGCUGUAGCUGGGAGGAUCCAGGAGGCCCCUGUGUCCUGGCCACCGCAGCCACUUCCAGAGACGGCCAGGCCCCCAGGAAGGGUUCUGGAGAGGAGCCGGGCGGGCAGCGCCCGGACUUGGAGUUGGUGCCCGCUCCCGGCUGCGGCCAGGAAGCCGGAACAGCUGCUGGCGGUAAGCCUGGCCCUCCCCGCCGCCCCCCUGUAGGCAGUGAACCCGAAAGCUCUGUAACUGGACCUGCUGUGGCAGUGGACGGUGACUGCGUGGGUGGUGAGCCAGCUCCGCGGCCGGAUGGUGGGACCCCUGCACACCCGGGGUCCGGGAAGCUGGACCCCCCUCCCUGCUGGACAUCUGCCAGAGAAGGCAGCGGUGACAUGAGCCAGAGCCAGGCCUUGCCCCCCAGCACAGGGGUCAGCAGGGAAGAGACUGGGGCCCUCCAGGCCACCUCAGACCUGGGCCUGGCCUUGCAGCAGCCGGAGGGCGCCGGCCACGCGGCCUACACGUUCUCGUCCAGCGCCCGGGUGCGAGUGGAGGAGAACCUCAUCGGGAAGGCGGAGGGGCCGGGCCCCCGGCUGAGGGGCAAGGUGUACGACUACUACGUCGAGGCCACCUCCCAGGCCGUCUCCAGGCUGGCCCCCGGGGCGCCAGGUCUGCCUCAGGCUCUGUCCCCUGAGCCGGUGCCAGGGCCCCUGGGAACCGGAACCGUGUCCGGAGGCGAGACUGGCGACACAGAGGGAGGCGCUGAGAUGGCGGCCUCUCCCCAGCCUGUGCCGUCCCCCUCUGCACAAGGCUUCGGCAGGAAGGAGAGCCUGCUGCACAUCGCCGACCACCCAGAGCUCCAGCUCCAGCUGGAUGGCUUUGGGACCCCCGCUCCCUCCCACCCCCACCAGGGCCCCCUGCCCAGCCCUCCUGGGAGCAGCGCGGAGCCCCGCGUGCAGCUUGUGGCCGGGACCAACUUCUUCCAGGUGCCGCUGGGCCCCGCCACGGCCCCGGACAUCUGCCUGGAUCUGGGCAACUGCUGCGAGGUGCUGGCCUGGGCCAAGAGGCAGCAGCUGGAGGCCCUGAAGGAGGCAGCCUACAGGGUGAUGAGCGACAACUACCUCCAGGUGCUCCGCAGCCCCGACAUCUACGGGCGCCUGAGCGGGGCCGAGCGGGAGCUGAUCCUCCAGCAGCGGCUCCAGGGCCACAAGUGUCUGGUGGUGGCCGACAUGUGCCCGCAGGAAGGCUGUGGCCGCCUCUGUGGCUAUGACGAUGCCCGAGACACCUGGCACCCCCUGGCUCAGCUGCCCCCCGAGGCCGUGUCCUGGGGAUGCGCCACCUGCACUCUCUUCAAUUACCUCUUUGUGGUGUCCGGCUGCCAGGGAUCUGGGCGCCAGCCCUCCAAUCGCGUCUUCUGCUACAACCCGCUGACGGGGAUCUGGAGUGAGGUGUGUCCCCUGAGCCAGGCCCGGCCGCACUGCCGCCUGGUGGCCCUGGACGGGCACUUGUACGCCAUCGGGGGCGAGUGUCUGAACACCGUGGAGUGUUAUGACCCCCGCCUGGACCGCUGGGCCUUCGCCCCUCCGCUCCCCAAUGACACGUUCGCCCUGGCGCACACGGCCACCGUGUGUGGCGAUGAGAUCUUUGUCACGGGUGGCACCCUGCGCUACCUGCUGCUCCGCUUCUCGGCCCGGGAGCAGCGCUGGUGGUCCGGCCCCACGGGGGGCAGCAAGGACCGCACGGCCGAGAUGGUGGCGGUCAGUGGCUUCCUGUAUCGCUUCGACCUCAACCGCAGCCUGGGCAUCGGCGUGUACCGCUGCAGCGCCAGCACCCGGCUCUGGUACGAGUGCGCCUCCUACCGGACGCCCUACCCGGACGCCUUCCAGUGCGCCGCGGUGGACGGCCGCAUCUACUGCGUGGGGCGCCAGCGCAUGCUCUGCUUCCUGGCCGACCACAUCUCACCCAGGUUUGUGCCCAAGGAACUGCAGGGCUUCCCGUCCCCACGGGGCACCCUCCUGCCCACCGUCCUGGCCUUGCCCGUCCCUGGUAUGCCUCAGACCAGGGUCUAG